GCCACAACCAAAGCGCUGAUUACUACCAACCCAUCAAGAUGGUCAAGCAUAGCACAGGGCCAAUCGUUUCGCUCCUGGUCAUGUCCUUGGCACUGACCAGUGCCAGUAUACGUGUGGAGCAUCCAAAGAACUCCACCUUGAACGUAGGCAAUCCAGAGUGGCAGUCACAAUCCUACCACACAAUUUCCAGACUCAGACGCCUUGCAGUCGAGUUCUUUGCCCAGUACCAGAACAUAACGAUAUCCGAUCUGUAUCGGGAUAAGGAGAUUCGACUACCCACCACCGACGAUUUGAGGUGCCUGGCAGAUCUGCAGACUCUUGCGAAAGAUGUGUCCGAUAGAAAAUUGUGGGCCCUAAGAAUGAUUGACUCUUGGGGCACUUUUCCUUCGGGCAUCCUGUACGGCAAUGUGAUCGAUCUGGGCAACUUCGACGAGUGCUUGGGCAUAGACCACGCUGUGACCUCCACUCACAAUGUCCAGGGCAAGUACUGCCUCAGCAAGCUUCAGUUGGCAUCGAGUAUUCCCACCUUUUUGGCACUCAAGACAGCGGUGUGCUUUCCCGCCUCCUGCUCAGCCGACCACAUGGACACAAUGCUCCGAAGAUUGCUGCAGAACCUCCUAAGCAUUGAGCUGAAUCCAGAUGUGCCUCUAGUGAGUGAGGGCACCUGCAAGACUGCCGAUCGGGAACCUUACGAUGCUCUAACCAUUUUCACAAUAGUCGUGCUAUCGAUACUGUGCGUUCUCAUGGUGCUGGCCACUGUCUGCGACUACUUGGUCUGCCAGGAUGACCAACCGCUAAAUAAGUGGAUUAAAGCUUUCUCCGCGCGCGCCAACUGCCGGAUUCUCUUCAGGUUGGUGGCACCCAGGAGCAAUCCCAAUGUGAUCGACUGCCUUCAUGGCAUUCGGGUACUGUCCUUCAUCUGGGUCGUCUAUGGCCACAUAUACCUCGUAUCUUUCUUUGGCCCCAACAUGAACCUUGUCAAAUUGGACACGUGGCGCAGAUCGCCGUACAGUAUGCUAGUGCAACAUGCAGCAUACUCUGUGGACACGUUCUUCUUUUUGAGUGGCCUCCUGAUGGUGGUGAUAGCUCUAAGAGCAAUGGAAAGAACCAAAGGAAAGCUCAAUGUGUCCCUGAUGUAUCUGCAUCGCUAUCUGCGCCUCACUCCGGUCCUGGCCUUGGCCAUCAUCGUCUACAUGUCGAUUCUGCCACGAAUGGGCGAUGGCCCACUGUACGGGAAGGUGAACUUCGAUGACUACUCCAAAUGCAAGGACACCUGGUACUGGACCCUCUUGUACGUGCAGAACUAUGCCACUGAUGAAAUCUGCCUAGGCCACUCUUGGUACCUGGCGGUGGACAUGCAGCUCUACAUCAUUGCACCCAUACUCCUGAUCUGCCUGUACAAGUGGGGAAAGAAGGCGGCCGCCGGGAUUCUGGUCGCCAUGCUGCUCCUUGCCGCAUGUCUCUUCAGCAUCAUGGUGAUCGGGGACGUUUCUCUCAUUGCUAUCAGCGAGGGGGCAAUGGAAAAGAUAUACUUCUCUACACACACCAGGGCAUCCCCGUAUCUGAUUGGUAUUCUGUUCGGAUACUUUCUGCACGUCAACCGGGGCAAGUCCUUCAAGCUCAGCCCCAUUACAGUCGUCCUGGGUUGGCUGACCAGCCUGGCGUUGCUCUUCAGCUGCUUGUUUGCCGUCUACGGUUAUGCCGCGGAUGCGGAAAUACCACCCAUUGUGGAGGAGGCCUUCUAUCUGACCUUCACCCGGAUCGCCUGGCCUCUCGGUCUCUGCUGGGUGGUUUUCGCCUGCAUGCACGGCUACGGAGGACUGGCCAACAGCUUCCUUUCCUCUCCCCUUUGGCAGCCGCUGUCCAAGCUAUCCUACUCCGCCUACAUCUUCCACAUGUUCAUGGAGAGCCUCAACGCCGGCAUUACGCGCACCAACACCUACUUCAGUGAUUACCAAGUUAUGCUUCGUUUCUGGUGCGAUUUUGGCUUUACCGUGCUCCUCGCCUUCGCUGUGUACAUUCUGAUCGAGGCGCCGUUUGGAAAUUUGGAAGGCCUCCUGCUUCCCGACAAGAGGCCCUGUCCACCACGCCCAGCUGUGGAGGAGUCGAAGGAGGCCCCAGUGGGGGGAUGCAGUGCAUCUGCGCCAACACUGGAAAAUAAAACGCCUCUUCCGGCAUAAGGAUCUCGAAACUAUUUAUGAGCAAAGAUAUCAAUUAUAGGUUAAGGACCUUUUUUUACUAAUGUUAGUUCAUUUAAGACAUACAUAUAUUCUUUAAAACUACAAAGGUAGAUCAUAAAUAUGAAUAUACCAAAGAAAUACAAUAUUAUCGACAAUUC